GCGGCACAAGAAGUACGAAUGCGGCGAUAAGGAUGCCCAGUUCCAGUGUCCUUUGUGUCCGAAACGCAUGAAGCAGAUGUCCAACCUCAGGCAGCAUAUCGCCACGCACAAUGCAGUUGGCAGCGACCAAGUCUUGGUGCUGUGAUGGCCGAAUCGCGUCCAUUGACGCCGCAUGCCACCAGUGGUGUGGCAAAUCAGAAUGAGUCGAUGUACACAUGUGUCAAGUGUCAGCGACAAUACCUGCACAAGGGCACACUCAAGAGGCACCAGAUGUACGAGUGUGGCAAGGAUCCCUCCUUCUCCUGUCUCUACUGCGACCACAAGUGCAAGCAGAAGUCCAAUCUCAUACAACAUAUGGCUCAAAGACAUGCCGAUCAGUUCAUCUUCACCAAAAACAAUUCAUUCAUAUGAAUUCCAAGCAUUUUGAAUUUGAUGUUUUCAUCUUCUUCUCCACCAGAUACUCCCUUUACUUAUCCUGUUACUCAUUUACAUUCUCUUCUCUUUCAUCCUUCUCAUAUUCCUCUCAUCCUCUUCAUCUUCUUCAUUAAACUUCCUCUUACACCUCCAAAUUUUCGUUCUUCUUCUAUUUCCUCCUCCCUUCCGUCCUCCUCCUUUACCUCCUCUUUCUCCUCCUUAUCAUUCUCUUGAUUAUCAUCCUCCUCAUCUUCCUCCUCCCCCUUAUCCUCCUCUUCAUCACCCUACUCCUCCUUCUCCUAUUCUUCACCUCCAUCGUCCUAUGCCUUUUUGUCCUCCUACAUCCACUUUUUUCUCCUCUCACUCCUUCUCCUCAUUCACCUCCUCUAACUCUCUUCCUCAUUUUAUUCCUCCUCAUCUUACACCUCCUCCACAUUCUCGUCGACGUCUUCCUCAUCCUUCCGCUCCUUCUUUUCCCGUUUCUUCUUCUCAAACUUCUCCUUCUCCUAUCACCCCUCCUUCUGAUUGAUUACUGAGUACACUAAGGACUCUCAUUCAUGGAUGAACAUUAUGAGACAGUUUGCAGAUCUCUCGAUUGAUGAAAUUUUCAGUUUUGAAUAUUGUGUGAUGUCUUUGAAGUUCACCAAUAAUUGUGAAUGAAUUUAGUGUGCUGAGACUGAAUCCCAUUAAUAAUUCGAUGAGGACAAUUUAUGAGAUUAAACUCUAAGCUUCAACUGAACUUUAAUUAUAUUUAUUUAAUAUGUAAUUUGUAUCAGAACAAACGAAUUGUACUGAUAACGUGAAGUAAAUUUUAUAGUUGUUGAAGGAUGUUGUUGACUAUCAUGUUAUUUGCAUUAAUAUUAUUCCAAUAAACCAAAUGUACAACCAUUAUUUAUCUGUUAAUUCAUUUUUUUCUAUUUUUUCAGUUUAUAAUUAAAUAUUUAUCAUCUGUGUUGUAAAAUUCCUAAAGUUUUCAUUGAUGCCAAAUAAAAGAGUAAAGAUUGACUGAUUUUCCAAGUAUAGCUUGUGAGUCCUUUCUUAUUUUGGUUUUACCCACUUAUUUAAAACCUUUUUAUCUACAAAACGAUUAUAAGUUCUCAAUUUUUGUUUGUCAAACCAUAGGAAUAACAGCUACUUCAUAACCGUGUUUUAAAUUUCAAUUGGUGAGAAUAUUCUAAAGUCAAGCUUUGGUUUGGUUUUAUUUCAUUACAAUAAUUCUUAUUGGAAAUAAAGUUUUUUCCAAGCCAACAUGAUUCCCUUGUUUUAGACUUCUCAACAUUAGUUUACAUCAAAUUUAAAAUUACAAUAUUAUUGAAGGUCUGACCUCAACAAGCAAAUUCAUGAACUUCUAUGAUGAAUCUACUAUCAUGGUUUGGUUUCAAUACUCCUGAUUGGUCUUGAAAAAAUUGAAUCUUCUAAAUUUAUCAGUUUCUACAUUUUUCCUGCGUCUCUUCAAAAGUAUCGAUGGAGCAGAAGGCUUCUGAAACUUAUAAUCCAAAGUGUUCAGAACAUUACAAUAUUGACUAGGAUAAUCGGAUCGCACCUAAAGCUUUAGGUUCGCGUGGUAGCCCGAGGUACUUUUUGUUUGAGACUAUACGUCCCUGCUCUAGGUUGUAUCAUCGUAUUACCCACGCACAAGUCUGGAGCUCAAGUUGGCAUCAAACCCAGAAAACACUUAUGUAAAGGUUCCACAAUUUAACAUUUGUUCUAAAACCAAUAACUAAACUAAUCACACUACCACACUUUCACCUCAGUAGAAGUUCACAUUUUCUACUUCUAAUAGACUUCACUUUCAUAUAAACUACUAACUACAUUAUGAAAUACAAAACAAACCAAUUAAAAAGCUGAAUAAUCCUAGUUCAAUUAACCAAUAAUUCAAUAACACUAUUGGAAGUAGUAGUUUCCAAUUAGUUGUAGACCGUAU